AUGGAAGUUAGUGAUUCUAAACCUUUAAUUUUUUUAGAAUAUUAUUGUUCUAAAUUAGCUAAAUCUUUUUCAAUAAUUUCUGAUGAUAAAUCAAACUGCUUUUUAAAUGUUUAUAUACCCAUGGCUUCCAAUAAUGAAUCAAUUUUAUAUGGAUUAAUAGCUUGGGGCGGGAAAUUUCUUAAUGAUUCGUUAGCCGAUAAAUAUCUUGAUAAAGCAAUCAACUUAUUAGAAAAACAGUACAAUAAUUUUUCUAAGAUUGAAAAGAAAAAUUUAUUAAUUACAAUGGCAUGUUCAAUGAUUUUAAUGGAUAUUGAAAUAACGACUGGCGACGUUAAAAGAUGGUCCAAAUUCAUAAAUAUAUGUAAAAAAUUAAUUGAAAUUAGUGGAGGAAUUAAAAAUUUAAUUGAAACAAUUGAAGGAAAGUUUUUGAUAUCUAAUUUUUUUUAUAGUGAUAUAUUAUCAUCAAUUACUAAUGAAAAUGGGACAAUGCUACCAAUCGAGGAUUAUAAUAUAAUGUUUAAUAGAAUUUAUGAGAAUUUUAUCGAAGAAGGAGAAGAAUUGGCAGAUCCAAUUCAAAGUUGUUUAAAACCGUUAUUUUUAAUUAUGGGGGAAAUCAUCAAUUUUUCUACUCAAAUCAAUCAAUUUUUAUAUGAGGGAUAUGAUAUUAAAAGAAGAAUUGAUAAUAACUUGGAUGACAAUAAUUUAGAUGACAAUGGUUUUGAUGAUAAGUUGGAAGAAAACCUUACAUUGUUUGAAUUAUUUCAAAUGACAUUAAAAUUAUUUUUAAAGACUUCACUAAAAAAGCAUGCAGCGAUUUUGCCAGAGAUUCAGUAUUUGCUAUUGAAGAUUAAUCAAUUGGUAGACAUAUUAAUUGGGAGCAGUGUUAAGGGGGUGUUGUGUUUUCCUAUGAUUAUAGCUGGAAUCAAUUCCGUUUUAGAACAAGAUAGAUUGGAGAUGAUUAAGAGGUUUGAUUUUUUGAUCAAUAUUUAUAAUGUUGGUAAUUUCAAAAGAGCUAAAGAGAUUGUUAAAGAGAGUUGGAAGUUGAAUCCAAAUGGGGAAAUAUGUUUAAAUUGGUAUGAUGUAGCUAAUAAGUUUAAUUGGCAUUUAAAUUUGGGAUAA